GGUUGAAGGAGAGCAUACAUAUUAUUAUCUCAAAUGGUAUAAAUAACUUGACAUCCUGGACAAUUUUACAGUGAAUCAUGAGAAUGUUCUCCCUCAUUAAAAAUGGUCGUGUAUUGAAUGUUCUCUUCUUAUUGAGCUCUAUAUAUAGACUACGCUUUCCUGCAAGGGAAUUCACUCAUUCAGACACCUGAAGAAAUGAAAAUGUUAUUACCAUCUUCCUUCAUAAUAUUCCUUCAGGUCUUAACCACCGUUUCCCACACAUGCAAAGCCUCUACAGCCUUACCAAAAUUCACGGCUAUGCUAGUCUUUGGUGAUUCAUCGGUAGAUACUGGUAAUAACAACUAUGUUUUAACCGCUUUUCAGGCCAACCAUUAUCCAUAUGGUCAAGAUUAUCCCGGUCAUGUUCCUACAGGGAGGUUUUCUGAUGGGAAACUCAUUCCCGACUUAAUAGCAAGCUCUCUAGGGAUCAAAGAGAGUGUUCCUCCCUUUCUAGAACCACUAAUAUCGAACGAUGAACUCCGAACUGGUGUUAAUUUUGCAUCAGCUGGAUCCGGGUUCGAUGAUCUGACUGCUGCUGCAUCUGGGGUCGUUUCAUUUUCGACGCAGAUCCUGUACUUCAAAAGUUACAUAGAAAGGCUUAAAGGGUUUGUAGGGGAAGCCGAGGCUACGAAGAUAAUUAAUGGUGCUUUGGUCAUUAUUAGUGCAGGAACUAAUGACUUCGCUAUCAAUUUCUAUAAUUUACCCACAAGGAGGCUGCAAUUCACUAUUGGUGGGUACCAAGAUUUUCUACAGGUUAAGAUAAAAGAAUUUGUUCAGGAACUUUACGAUCUGGGAUGCCGUACUAUGAUUAUAGGAGGGCUUUUUCCUAUUGGUUGUGCACCCAUUCAAAUAACUGCAAGUUUUAAGGACCCGAACAACAGAACAUGUGUGCAGGAACAGAAUUUAGAUGCACAAUCUUAUAAUCAGAAGCUUGCAAACCUCAUACCUAAAGUGCAGCAAUCACUUCCAGGGAGCAGGCUCAUCUUUUCGGACACCUAUGAGCUGCUGUAUGACAUGAUCAACAAUCCACAGAAAUAUGGCUUUGUGGAAACCAAUAGAGGGUGCUGUGGAACAGGGUUUUUUGAAGCCGGUUUAUCAUGUAAUCAGAUAACUCCAGUGUGUGCAAACACUUCCCAGUACUUGUUUUGGGAUUCCAUUCAUCCCAGCCAAGCAGCAUACCAGUAUAUUGCUAAGUACCUAGAGGAUAAAAUCAUUCCCAUCCAUUCAACAGAUCACAGCCGUUGAAU